UCACCACACGUAUGCACAUGUAAACCUCUCCCCUUCCCUCACGGUAAUCCUUCCAUUGACUUCGUCUUGCUUCCCCGUCACUCCAAUUACCCACCUGCCACUUCAUCCAUGGGUGAUCACGGGCGAGACCGCAACAGCAGCUCCACCCUGCACAGAUCCACUGCCGACAGCACCGAGACCGAGCCGGUGCGCACCCGGUGGAUGCCGAAGCCGGAGCAGAUCCUUAUCCUGGAGUCCAUCUUCAAUAGCGGUAUGGUUAACCCUCCCAAGGAGGAGACGGUGAGGAUCCGCAAGCUUCUCCAGAAGUUCGGCGCCGUCGGGGAUGCCAAUGUCUUCUACUGGUUCCAGAACAGGAGAUCGAGGUCCCGCCGCCGCCAGCGGCAGCUUCAGGCGAGCCUCAUGGCCGAUCCUAGAGCUGCCCGGGGAGUUACGCAGCAGGCCGGGGGUGGAGUCCUCCCCCACGAACCGCCGACGUCGUCGAGCUCAUCCAGCACGUCGUCUAAUAACUCCUCCUUCCCUUGCUCGUCCUCGGCUUCUUCUUCGCCCUCCUCUUAUAACUUCGUGAUGGACGAUGGCUCCGAUGAUCUCUUCUCGAUGAUCUCUUCUCAGACUCCUUUUAUGUGCUCUUCUCAUGUCCCGCGGUCACACCGUCAACCUGGGACCAUAACUGUGUUCAUUGAUGGUGUUCCUUCUGAGGUUCCAAGGGGACCUAUAGACACGAGAGCUAUGUUUGGCCAAAAUGUGAUGCUUGUGCAUUCCUCUGGGGAACUCCUUCCUGUCAACGAGCAUGGAGUUGUUGUGCAAAGCUUGCAGAUGGGCGAGAGUUACUUCUUGGUUACAAGGCCUACUUAAGAUCGGUUCGCGGGCGAAAAAGGAUGCCUUCAGCAAUUGAGAAUACAAGAGAAGGAUUGCUUGUUACCAGCAGACCAAGCUAUCAUUAUCAGUCUCUAUCAAACCCCUAUAGGAGAGAAGAUGCAACCUUGCACUUGCUUAGAUCUUAGUUUCCAAGAGACUAAAGUAAUAGAAUUCAAUGAUCAUUAGCAUCAUAAUGCAGUGUGUGUCUGUUGUUUAGUGCUCUUCCUUUUUUUCAUUUUGGCAGAGCAAAAAACCAGUGCUACAUGAAACAUAUAAUUAAUGAUAUGCCUUUAUGCUAAUUCACAUCGCUUAA